AUGUCCACCUCGCCAAUCAUUUCUUCCAAUGCUCUAAACACAAUCAAUGCUGAGGAAACUGCAACCUCCAACAAACCAGAAUUAACUGACAAUCCACCACCACAAGAAAGUCUCUCCAUAGCUGGUGGAGAAUCUAAUCUGUUGAAUAAAUCAGACGAAACAACAAAACCUUCAUCAACAGAUGAAAUUCCAAUUAUUCAUCACCAUCAACAUCAAGAUCAAGUACCUGCAAUGAGCACAACAAGUGCAUCUAGAAGUGGUGAACAUUCUGUUGGCUCCUCAUCCUCUCAGCAAAUUGCUCCAACCACAACGAUGGUUUCUGUGAUUGUGGACGAAUCUGAGGAGGAUAAGGAUUUAUUGAGAAGUGAUUAUGGAAAUAAGAGUUUCUAUCACCUUCAUGCACUGAAUGAUGAACCAUUGAGCAAUUAUUGUAAAAACUAUGGAGAAUCCACUGAAGGAAAUAAGUUUGCCAAGUUGGCCAGAUUGAUUAAUCACUUUCCAAAUUUCAAUAGAAAAGGAAUGGAGAGAUUUACCUUGGAGGGUUUGAAAGAAAUGUGUCUUGAAUUAGGGUUGAAUACAGAAGGAAAGAAGGCCCUUCUAAUUGAUAGAUUAUUCAACUUGUACAUUGAGAAACAUAAGGAUUCAAAAUUGGAAUUCACAUUCGAUACUGCAAAGGGAACCACCACUGAAAGUGAAGAACUUCACACUCAUGAAGAGGAAGAAGAAGAGGUCAAUCCAAAAACUGGAGAACCAUUCAGAAAAUCUCCUCGAGUUGCAAAGAGAAAACAAACAGAAAAAGAUACAUCAAGUAAGAAAACAAAAUCAGACGACUCCAUCACCAGAGAAUACUUUAUGAAACAUGCUGAUGAUUUGAAAUUCAUUGUUGAUGGAAAGGAACACACAGCUGCAAAGAAAUCUGAAACUCACAAUUCAUUUGGAUGGCAUUACAGGUAA